AUGUCUUCGUCCGAAUCUUCAUCGCAUAUGGCAUCUCUAUUCUCUGAGAGCUUUAGCUCUCAUGAGCAGAAAAAUAAAAAGGAACGCGGUUUUGAGAUGACAUUUAAGAGGUCUCUACCUGCUACUCCCGAAGAAGAGUUGCCGGCACCAUUUCCGGAAGUUGAAUCCAAUAAAGCAGCCUAUAUAGCAGCCACAAUAACGAGUUUAUUAAUCAGUUUGGGAGGAUUCCUUUUUGGCUGGGACACGGGAACAAUUUCCGGCAUUGUUGUGAUGCCUGAUUUCCUUGAGAGGUUUGCAGACUGGAAAACAUCAACUCAAAGUUAUGCAUUCUCAGUUGUUAAAACCGGCUUGAUCGUGUCUAUUUUCACGCUAGCUGCUGCACCUGGGGGACUUACUCUUGGUAAACUCGGUGACAAAUUUGGCAGAAAGAAAGGAUUAUUCGUUACUUUAGUGUUCUACAUGGUUGGUGUUGUCGUCCAGAUUUCAUCAAAUUCCUCCUGGAUUCAAUUUUUCUUUGGUAGAAUUCUUACUGGUAUGGCAGUUGGUUCAACCUUGGUUAUUUGUCCUAUAUUUAUUUCCGAAGUGUCUCCAAAAGCUAUCAGAGGAACAUUGGUUUGCUUGUUUCAACUCUCGGUGACACUUGGAAUUUUUAUCGGUUAUUGUGUCUGCUACGCUAGUUACCAUAAUUAUGAUGACUCCCGCCAGUGGAGAAUUCCCAUAGGGCUAGAUUUUGCUUGGGCUUUGAUUGCAAUUGCAGGAUUGGUUUUUGCACCCGAGUCUCCAAGAUAUCUCAUUCAAAAUGGCAAUUUGGAAAUGGCUCAGAAGUCCAUAUCUCGUAUUAACAAAGCACCCGAAAACUCCAUCAUAGUUCUUACUGAAAUGAACAAUUUAAUUGAAGCUAUUGAUGCAGAGAAACAGGCUGGUAAGGCCUCAUGGAGAGAUUUGGUCACUGGCCAUCCGAAGAUAGCUUACAGGCUCAUAAUGGGCAUUGUGUUGGAUUCAUUGCAGGUUUUGUCAGGAAAUACUUACUUUUUCUACUAUGGAACUUCGACGUUUAAAUCUGUUGGUCUAACCGAUGGCUUCAUGACUUCGAUAAUUCUUGGAUUGGUUAAUUUUGUCUCGACGUUUGGCUCACUUUACGUUAUAGACCAUCUUGGUAGAAGGAAGAGUCUAAUUCUUGGUUCUGCAGGCAUGCUAGUCUGCUUGAUAGUUUACUCGUCUCUUGGCGUCAAGAGCUUGUACCCAGAAGAGUACGGUGUGGAUCCUAAUAGCACAGUUGGCGACUUGAUGAUUCUUUUCUGCUGCCUUUACAUAUUUUCAUUUGCCACUACAUGGGGACCUGGAAUUUACGUUAUUCUAGGCGAGUCAUACCCUAUAAGAGUCAGAUCGCAGGCUAUAGCCAUAGCUACAGCUGCCAACUGGAUUUGGGGCUUCCUCAUUGCAUUUUUCACACCUAUGAUUACCAAUGUGAUCCAUUUCGCGUAUGGAUUUGUCUUCGCCGGUCUUGAAGCAUUUGCCAUUGUCUACGUUUAUACAUGUGUGCCCGAAACCAAGGGAAUACCAUUGGAGGACGUGGAUGAAAUGUAUGCUAAUUUCAAACCGGGCUUAGCCUUCAAAUCGAACGAUGGCAAAAUAUAA